CUAAUUCCAAGUUCUGGGAAGAGAUUAUGGGAAAAACUAUUAGCUGCUCUGUUUUACUAGCUUUAAUAUCUUGCUUUUACUUACUAUUUGCCACUGCUUUAGACAUAAUAACACCAUCAAAAUCCAUCAAAGACCCUGAUGUUAUAAUCUCCCAGAAUGGUGUUUUCCGAUUGGGAUUCUUCAGCUUGGCUAACUCGACCAAUCGUUAUGUAGGGAUUCUCUACAAUCAAAUCCCCGUACAAACUGUUGUAUGGGUAGCAAAUAGAAACAGGCCCCUCAAAGACUCUUCUGGGAUUCUCAACAUAUCAGAUGAUGGCAACCUUGUUGUUUCCAAUGGAAAAGCUGAGGUUCUUUGGUCAUCACAUGUUAACAAUACAGCUCCUAAUGCAACAACUGCCCAGCUUUUAGACUCUGGAAACCUUGUCCUUAGUAAUGGUGAGGAUGGAGCAAGCAGCUUAUGGGAGAGUUUCGAAGAUCCUUCUAAUGCCUUCAUUGAAACUAUGAAGAUCAGCACUGAUGUUAAAACGGGUCGUAAAGUGGAGCUGAAAUCAUGGAAAAGCAUUGAUGAUCCAUCUGAUGGUAACUUUUCUUUUGGUAUUGAACCUUUCAAUAUCCGAGAGCUUGUCAUUAGGAACAAUAACCAGCUCUAUUUUCGGAGUGGUCCAUGGAAUGGGAAUAUCUUUAUUGGCUUAUUAUAUAUGUACACCGAUAAUCUUGAUGGGUUUGAGGUUUUUACAGAUAAGUCACCGUACUAUAUGACUUAUGAAUCUUCUAAUGAGUCUAUGUUGAUAUACUAUGAAUUAGAUUCUCAAGGAAAAUUCGUUGAACGAGAAUGGGAUGCGGGGAAAGGGGACUGGAGUAAAAAUUACCCUACUAUUCAAACAGAUUGCGAUGUUUAUGGGAAGUGUGGGGCAUUUGGGAUCUGUGAUUCAAUGAAACGAACCAUCUGCAGUUGCUUAAAAGGGUUUGAGCCUAGGAAUAUAGAGGAAUGGAGUAGAGGUAAUUGGAGUAGUGGGUGUUUUAGGACUACCCCUUUGCAGUGCCAAAGGGAUAACAACAAUGGGAGUGGAGCAGGCCAAGGUGAUGAUGGGUUUUUGGAGAUGAAGAUGAUGAAAGUACCGGCAUUUCCGGCCCGGUCAUCAAUAAUUAACGGCGAGUGCAAAGAUCAAUGCAUGAAGAAUUGUUCGUGCAUGGCUUAUGCGUAUGAUUCUGGCAUUGGUUGCAUGAUGUGGAGUGGAGAUUUGAUUGAUGUCCAGAAAUUCUCCACUGGCGGAGUCGAUCUUUACAUUCGUAUGCCAUCUUCUGAACUGGAUAAAGGGAAAAGUAGUAAGAUCAUUGUUAUUACAACAGUAAUUGCGGGCAUAGUGGUAGUUAUUACAAUUUCUGCACUCUUCUUAUGGCGUAGGAUGGCUAAACAUAAAGGAAGAAAUAAAAAACGAAAACAAAUCAAACACCAAUUUUGUAGUGAAAAUAAAGAAGAAAAUUCAAUUGGAGUUAAACUCCAGCAGCUGCCAGUAAUCAAUUUCGAAGAACUUGCCACCGCGACAAACAACUUCAAUCACGCAAAAAAGCUAGGGCAGGGUGGUUUUGGUCCAGUUUACAGGGGAACAUUAGAUGAUGGAAACGAAAUAGCAGUGAAGAGAUUGUCGAAAACUUCGGGGCAAGGAUUGAAAGAAUUUAUGAAUGAAGUGGUGGUGAUCUCUAAGCUUCAACAUCGAAAUCUGGUUAGAUUGCUUGGCUGUUGUGUUGAAGGAGAAGAGAAGAUACUCGUCUAUGAAUAUAUGCCCAACAAAAGUUUGGACACUUUUCUCUUUGAUCCAGCUAAACAAGAUGUCUUGGAUUGGAGAAAACGCUUCAACAUUAUUGAAGGGAUUAGUCGAGGAUUACUUUAUCUUCAUAGAGAUUCAAGACCAAAGAUUAUACACAGAGAUUUAAAAACAAGUAACAUUUUACUUGACAAAGAAUUAAACCCAAAAAUUUCAGAUUUUGGGUUAGCCAAGAUUUUCGGAGGCGAUGAAAAUCAAGCCAACACUAAAAGGGUUGUUGGAACUUAUGGUUAUAUGCCUCCUGAGUAUGUAAUGCAAGGGCAAUUUUCAGAGAAAUCAGAUGUAUUCAGUUUUGGGGUUCUAUUGCUAGAGGUCGUUAGUGGAAGAAGGAGCACAAGCUUUUACAACAAUCAAUAUGAGCUUAGCCUCUUGGGAUAUGCAUGGAAAUUAUGGAGGGAAGGAGAUAUUUGGGGCAUAGUAGACAAAGUGAUUUUAGAGUCAGAAUCAUAUUCAAAGAAUGAAACAGAAAUAUGGAGAUGCAUACACGUUGGAUUGCUAUGUGUUCAAGAAUUUGCCAAAGAUAGGCCCACUAUGCCUACUGUUGUUUCAAUGCUUAACAGUGAGAUUUCAAACCUUAACACUCCAAAACAGCCUGCUUUCACUCAAACACCAUUAAUUACCCAGGAUGUUGAAGAUAGGUUUUCACUUAAUUAUGUAACUGUUACGGACUUUGGUGGCCGAUAAAGAUGCAAAUUAAUUUUCUUGCAAGAGAUGGAGAAAGUUAUUAGCGACUCUGUUUUACUAGCUUCUGAAAUUUUAUUAUUGUCUUGUUUUUACUUACAAUUUGGCACUGCUUUAGACACCAUAACACCAUCAAAAUCCAUCAAAGACCCUGAAUUUAUAAUCUCCCAGAGUGGAGUUUUGGGAUUCUUCAGCUUUGCUAAUUCCAGCAAUCGUUAUGUAGGGAUAUUGUACCAUCAAAUCCCCGUACAAACAGUGGUAUGGGUAGCAAACAGAAACAAGCCUCUCAAAGAUUCUUCUGGGAUUCUCAACAUAUCAGAUGAUGGCAACCUUGUUGUUUUCAAUGGAAAAGCUGAGAUUCUUUGGUCAUCAAAUGUUACGAAUUUGGUUCCUAAUGCAACAACAUCCCAGCUUUUAGACUCUGGAAACCUUGUCCUUAGUAAUGGUGAGGAUGGAGCAAGCAGCUUAUGGGAGAGUUUUGAAGAUCCUUCCAAUGCCUUCCUUGAAACUAUGAAGAUUAGCAAUGAUGUAAAAAAGGGUCGUAAAGUGGAGAUCAAAUCAUGGAAAAGCCCUGAUGAUCCAUCUGAUGGUAACUUUUCUAUUGGUAUUGAACCUUUUAACAUUCCAGAGGUUGUCAUUAGGAACAAUAACAAGCUCUAUUUUCGAACCGGUCCAUGGAAUGGGAAUACCUUUAUUGGUGUAAUUAUGAAGACCGUUUAUAUUGAUGGGUUUUAUAUUGUUGCAGAUAAUCAACAACAAACGUACUAUAUCACUUAUGAAUUUUCUGAUAACUCUAGGUUGAGGUACUAUGAACUGGAUUCUCAAGGAAAAUUCUUUGAACGGAAAUGGGAUGCGGGGAAAGGUGACUGGAUAAACAGGUACUCUGCUUCUCAAACAGAAUCUUCUGUUUAUGGACAGUGUGGGGCAUUUGGGAUCUGCGAUCUAACGAAGCAACCCAUUUGCAGUUGCUUGAAGGGGUUUAAGCCAAGGAAUAUAGAGGAAUGGAGUAGAGGUAAUUGGAGUAGUGGGUGUUUUAGGACUACCCCUUUGCAAUGCCAAAGGGAUAAGAACAAUGGCAGUGAAGCAGGCCAAGGAGAUAACGAUGGGUUUUUGAAGCUGAAGACGAUGAAAGUGCCGGUAUUUCCGAACCGGUCAUCAAUAAAUAACGGCGAAUGCAAAGAUCAAUGCAUGAAGAACUGUUCGUGCGUGGCUUAUGCGUAUGAUGCUGGCAUUGGUUGCAUGUUUUGGAGUGGAGAUUUGAUUGAUAUGCAGAAAUUCUCCACUCACGGAGUGGAUCUUUACAUUCGUCUACCAUCUUCGGAGCUUGGUCCACGUCGACCAUGUGUUGAAUUGCCUCAAUUAAUCUGCUUUUUUGGUGUUGAAGUUUUAUUAACCAAGUUUUUCGAUUUGCAGAUAAAGGGAAAAGCACUAAAGUUAUUGUUAUUACAGCAAAGAGGAAGGAAACCAAAACACAAACAGAUCAAACUCCAACUCAACAAAGGAAAUGCAAUGACAAAAUUUUCUAGUGAAAAUGUGGUAGAAAAUCCAAUCGGAGUUAAACUCCAGCAGCUGCGGCUAUUCAAUUUCGACGAACUCGCCACCGCAACGAGCAACUUCGAUCACGCAAAAAAGCUAGGGCAGGGUGGUUUCGGUCCAGUUUAUAGGGGAACAUUAGGUGAUGAAAAGGAAAUAGCAGUGAAGAGAUUAUCAAAAGCUUCGGGACAAGGAUUGGAAGAAUUUAUGAAUGAAGUGGAGGUGAUUUCUAGGCUUCAACAUCGAAAUCUGGUCAAAUUGCUUGGGUGUUGUGUUGAAGCAGAAGAGAAGAUGCUCGUUUACGAAUAUAUGCCCAACAAAAGUUUGGACGCUUUUGUCUUUGAUCCAAUUAAACAAAAUGUCUUGGAUUGGAGCAAACGCUUUAAAAUUAUUGAAGGGAUCAGUCGAGGAUUACUUUAUCUUCAUAGAGAUUCAAGAUUGAAAAUUAUACACAGGGAUCUAAAACCAAGUAAUGUUUUACUCGAUCAAGAGUUAAAUCCAAAAAUCUCAGAUUUUGGGAUGGCGAGGAUUUUCGGAGGAGAUGAAAAUCAAGCCAACACCAAAAGGGUUGUUGGAACUUAUGGUUAUAUGUCUCCUGAGUAUGCAAUACAAGGACGAUUUUCAGAGAAAUCAGAUGUGUUCAGUUUUGGAGUUCUACUGUUAGAGAUUGUUAGUGGAAGAAAAAACACAAGCUUUUUCAACAAUCCGGAUUAUUUUAGCCUCUUGGAAUAUGUCUGGAAACUAUGGAACGAAGGCAACAUUUGGAGCUUAGUAGACAAGGUGGUUUUGGAGCCAAAAUCUAAUUCAAAGAAAGAGAAAGAAAUAAAGAGAUGCAUACAUAUUGGAUUGCUAUGCGUUCAAGAAUAUGCUAACGAUAGGCCCACUAUGUCUGUUGUUGUAUCAAUGCUUAACAAUGAGAUUCCAAAUUUUAAGACGCCAAAACAACCUGCUUUCACUCAAACACCACUAAUCACUCAUAAUGUUCAAAAUAGGGCUUCGCUUAAUGAUGUAACUCUUACGGAUUUUGAUGGCAGAUAAAAGUUCAAAUUAAUUACUUUUAGUUUUUAGAAAUAAAAUUGUAAAUAUUGAAAAGGUACAAAUUAAUUGUUUUUAGUUUAGAAAUAAAAUUGUAAGUAUUGAAACUUUUUAUUAUAAUUUCAUUUUUGAUGAGAGUUGCCAAUUUA